UUGAAAUGUUUGCUUUAAUUGUGUGUCCCUCCAUAACAUCACUGCUGACUGUAUUGUCAUCAUUAUCGUCUAUAUGUUUAUUUUAGUUUUCACCACCGAUAAAAAGGUUCGUUAUUAAUGGCUUGACAGAUAGAUACCAUUGGAGAAAGUGUCAUACCUCAAAAUUGUUUGUUUUCUAUUGUAUAACACUCAUUUACAUGAACAACUGAACUAUAUAUAAUUUGUCUUAAUUUCUGAUAUGAUAUUACACAGUAUGUAAUAAGUGUGACAAUUAUAUAUGCCAGUAUUAUGUAAUCUGCUACCUAAAAGUAGUAAAUGUAUUACUUUUUAAUUAACACAUCUUUACAAGAUUUUAUAUAGGAAAAAUAAUUUAUAAAGGUGACACUAAGCACUUAGCUUGAGAAGAGGACGUUGAAUAUAUGUGCUAUAAACAGUUAUACUGAAAGAUUUCUGGGACUUCUACCAGUUGAAAAUUUAUCAAAACAUUGACCAGAUGGCAACCUGGAAAAAUUGUUCACUGACAUGGCGGAAGAAUUUGCUAUACUUAAAUUCCAUAAAUGCAUGAAACUUUUUUGGUAUUGUGUCAGAUAAAAGUGAUUGUGUAAUGCCUCAUAAGACUUUUCUGUUGAAGAAAGUGUUAAUAACUGCACAGAAAUCAAUAACUUUACGCCAUUUGUCUUUAAGGCAAGUCCUUUGGGGGUUGCUAUAGAGAUAGCAUUUUUGUCUCAGAACUUCAUGAAGUGAAACCAAGUAAAAUUUAAAAAGUCUCUUACAUGUACAUGGGAAGUAUGGAUAGAUGAAGUACAAAGAGAGUCCAACUAAUGAUGUAUUAUUCUUAAGAAGUAAACAUCUUAUUGUUAGCAAAAAUGUUGAUGGCUAUGAUGCAGCGAGGUACAUGUAUAAAUCACUGUUGUCUCAAAUAACAGAAGAAAACUGCUGUCAUACCAGAAUGUCAGGAUGGCUGCCAACUCAAAACAGUAGCUGAAGGAGCUAUUGUAUGUAUUUAUAAGGUUGUCCAUAAUGCAGAUCUGUCUGUGAUGCAAUGACAGGACCAGCAGAAGGGGUAUGUAAGCAGGAGGAGUCCACAAGUUAGAUGAUGUCAAUGCUGGCCCUGGAUGAUUCUUCAGAUCUUGUCAAUACAGAAGCAGUGGCAGCAACUAAUGGUGAGGAGAAAGAAAUAGUCUCACCUGGAACCAAUGAAAAACAGGUCAAUCUUUUGUCAUUCGACAGCCCAGACGAGAGUGAUCCAAAGGACAAUAAAGAGUCCAAAACAAAGUCAAAGAAGAGCAGGGCCAGAAGUCUUUUUAAACGUGCCAAAUCCCCUAUCGCUGGAGCUAUAAAUAAAACAACAAAGGAAUUUAAGAAGCUAAGCAAUCUGCCAAAGCAUCAUAUCACAGCCUCACAGAAAUCUCCUAUUAAAUCCCCAUCCAAAGAAAAAUUAACAGAGGAGUAUUCGAAGCUUGAAGAAAAACUAAAUGAGAAAACAUCAGAAGAAUGGUUGCAGUUUCAGCAGAUGCAGGAAAGGAUUCAAGUGUCAUUGCAUAAAACAAAGACCAGUCUAGAUAAAUACUCUUCACAAAGUGAGGAUGAUGAAGCACACCAUUCUAAAGCCUUGUCAAACAGGUGGACUGGUUUUGAAGAUGCUUCAGGGUUUGAGCCAGAAGUAAUUGAUACAUCAUUGAAUCCAAUUGUAAGUAUAUCAGAACCAGUUGAUUCUGAACUUCUUGACACUUGUGAAACUUUUGAUUCUAAAGAGGAAAGCACUCUCAUAGAUACAUCUGAUACUCUUAUAGACACAUCUGUAUCUCCCAAAGAUACAACAAGUUUUCUGGACACAUUUUCCAGACAUAUUAAACGAGGAAGCAAGUCAAAUAUGGAGAAUCUCUUGGAUGAUUUUUUAUCAGCAGACUCGGAGACCAGAGUAAAACAAUCUCCAAGAAAUUCACCAGUUAAGAUUGGUGGCAGCUCAGUGUUAAUAAAGAAAAGGGACAAUGAUGAUUUUCAAGGACUCAUGGAUUCUACUGAACCAGUGGAUGCGUUGCAAGAUCUCUCACUCCAAGAGCAUAAAGAAGAGGGUUUUGAUAGUUUCAUAGAUACUAACACAAAUAAUACCGGUGACCGUAGUGAUAGUAUCAGCCCUGACAUAGGAUCAGUAUUGAGUGGAUAUACAUUCACAUCAUCAACAUCUGGUGACGCUGCUUUUAACUUGGAAAGCCAGGGAAUCAACAAAACUGUAGACAGUGGUAUUCUUCUCUUUGAGCAGCCUCUAGAAAACAUUGUCACCAAAAUUAACAAUGUUCCACAUCCCGCUUUUGAUACAGACAAAGAUGACACUUGCAAUUCAAUAUCACACAUAGAGGAUGAAACUUUGUUCACUUUUGAUGUUGAUUCUUCAUCCUCAUCACUACCCAUGGCAGGUAAUAGUGGGCAAAGUUGUUUUUCAGCUGUUGCUAAACCUCUUGAGCCACUUGUAUCAUAUCCAGCAAAGCAAGAACAGAAAGUGACAACUAACUCUCUGGAUCAAUUUGACUUUGGUUGUCAAGCAGAUGCAGCUAAAUCAAUGUCUACAGUAUUUGAUGACUUUUCAAGCUUUGAUCCAAUAAAAUCAGCUUCAUACACAUCUUCACUCCCAGUGCAAUCAAACUCAUCCCCUAUCAAUGUAAAUGUAGGGUCUCACUUAUUAAGGAAUUCAUCCCAAGCUCCCAGCAUUUCAUUCGGGUCUUUACCAUCUUCAGGUAUUGAGCAUGACAUAUUUUCAAAAAUUAAAAGAAUGUCAUCAGGAAGUCAACCAGUUUCUCCAUUAAGACGAAAAGUUCAAGAAAAGCCAAAAGACCAUUUUGGUUUUGUGAAGAAAGAACUAAAAGUGGACGAAGAUGAUGACGGUUACAAACCUCUUGCUGAUUUGUCGAAAGACAAACAGACAGUGUCAACAAGAACAGGAGAAAAUUCAAAUAUUGAUCAUACUGCCAGCAAUUCUUCCAGCACAGUUAAUAAUCCAUUCUUAUCAGGAAGUUUUCAUGAAGAUGGGCAAAUAUAUAAAUCUGCAAAUGCUGCUGAACUGUUUGGUCUUGAAUCAAAUAAUACUUAUUUAAAUAAUGAUUUUGAUUUUUUCAUUGAAAAACAGGGAACCAAAUCAGAUGGUUCAGAUUCAAAAUCACAAACAUGGGUAGAUCCUUCUUCUGUAGAUAAUAUUGACUUUGGUGGUGUCAUAGAUGAUUCAGAAAGUCACUGGGAUGGUGAUACUGUAACAAGUGAAAAAAUGCCAUUAGGGGAUGCAUGGAGUGGAGAUAAUGGUUCUAAAUUAUUCCUUGGAAAUGACCAAGACACAGUUACUCCAGAUAAUCCUUUCCAAGAUGAUUUCUCUAAAUUAGCGAAUGUGACUGUAUUGGUAGCAACAACUGAAGCAUCAAAUCCUUUUAUGUCAGCAGGACCUGCAAAUUCAUCUUCUGCUAAUCCAUUCCUUGAUAUUUUUGGUGACAUUGAUGCCAGUCAUUCAAAACUGAAUCUUUUAGAUUCUGGUAUGCAAGUUAAUACAAAUUUUGAAAGCGACAACUUCAUUGGUGAUUCUGCUGUUCAUCAAAAAGGUGAAUCUAAAGAUACAUUUGAUCCUUUUAAUUUUGCUUCCACAUCAAAUGGUAUUAAUGACACAGAAAGCAGCAUGGGAGCUGCUGCUGAAAUGGACACAUUCUCUAGUGUUGCAGCUUUAGGUGAUAAGCAGUUGGCUAUGCCAUUAGAAGACGAUGACCAUUCUUUUAUGCUUGAUAUCAAACCAAUUUCCAUAGCCAGACCAAAGGCAGAGUCUCUACCUAUUGCACCAGCUAUUGCUCCACCUCCAAAAGCUCCCAAAUCUCCCAUACCUCCAAGGGAGAACCCAUUUGACAGGGACUCUCCACCGGAAGAGAAUUUUGCGCAGUUUGAGAUCAAGGGUAAGGUGAAAGACAAGGAAGCAGAGGCUGAUAAAAAAGAAGAGCCCAUUGCAGACAGACAGACAGAGGAAACAUUACCGAAAAGCUUGUCAGUUGACAGUGAAACCACGACUGAAGAGGAAGUGGUGGUGAAUCUAGAACCACUUGAACCUUUCCUACCAGAAUGUGACAAGGAUAGUUUCAAGCUGAUGUUGCGAUAUCCAACCAAGAAGAAAAUAACAGGGAAUAGGUACUGGAAAAAUGUCUGUGUUAAGUUUGAAAAACAAAAGGAAGGUAUAAUGGUGAGGGUUUUGAAUGAUGCAAGAGACCCACUUCCUAUUCAAGAGCUAUUGCUGCAGCCAUGUUAUUCAUUGUCAGAAUGUGUGCUUCAGCAAUAUGAUCAGUAUGGGAAAAUUCACACGGCGAAAUUACAAUAUGUUUUCUACAAGGAGAGAGUUGGAAUUAAAACUGAGAGAAUCACUCCAUCACUCGUGAAAUUUAAAAAACGAUCUGAGAAACCAAAGGCUACGAUGAUUCUAGAUCAUUCUCCCCAGGUGUCAGAACUUCUCAAGUUUGGCUCUUUGGAUAGGGAGGAAAUUAUGCAAUUUAUCCAUAAACUUGAGGACAUUUUUAUGAACCUUGAAGCUCACAGAGAAAAAACUCUGACAUACACCAAGGAUGAAGUUACAGCUGAAGUUCAUGAUGAAUAUUAUGCAGAACUUGAUGCCCAAGGGCAUGUUUUGUCUCAAAAAGCUAGGUGUCGUGUGUUUGUUUUAGCUUUUCUCACAGGUAUGCCCAUAGUUGAGGUGGGAUUAAAUGACAGAAGAAGGAAAGGAAAAGAGGUUGUGGGAAGGUAUGACAUCGUUCCAAUUAAAACUGAAGAAUGGAUACGACUGGAAAAUGUGGAGUUCCAUUGCAGUGUCAAUAAGGAAGAGUUCGAGAAAACAAACAAUAUAAAAUUUAGACCGCUCGAUGCAUGUCAGUUUGAGCUUAUGCGAUACCGCGUUCGUUUGCGAGAGAACAAAGAGCUUCCGUUGCAGCUGACCAUCCAGCAGAUUAUGAAGAACAGGAAGUGUGAGGUGCGGUGUGACCUGUUGGUGACUGGGUACCAUUCGUACAGCAAGAAGCACGGUCAGUUCCCUUGUGAGGAUAUUGAGGUGCGGUUUCCCAUCCCGGAGCAGUGGAUCUACAUGUUCAGAUAUGAGAGGAGGUUUGGCUAUGGCUCGGUACACUCUGCUGCCAGAAAGCCCGGAAAAAUCAAAGGUUUAGAGCGACUGACCUUGAUGGCGCAAGGUUCGACCAACCAGGCUCUCAUGGAGGCAGAUGUGGGCACGGCAAAAUACGAACACGUCUACCGAGCCAUAGUGUGGCGCAUUCCACGACUGCCAAUUAGAAAUCAAGGUGCAUAUACGAGCCAUCUGUUCAGACUCAAAGUGGAGCUUGGCCCCCACGACGAUAUCCCACAAUCCUAUGAGACCCACACCCACGUUUCCUUCACGAUGCCUUGCAGCACAGUGUCCCAGUCUCAGAUCCGGAGCAUAGCGACCACCAACCCUAACCCACCAGAAAAAUGGGUUCGAUCUUUUGCCCGCUACGAGUACCGCCUUGAGAUCGAGCAUCUGGAGGAGUACCCUGAACUCAUGGCCAUAGGUACCGUUUACAAGGAGGCGGCCCGGCUCUCUAUACAACCAGAGCCUGAGGAAGAGGAGCGCGACCCGCGGCUGGCUCAGUCAGAUACAGACUCCAGUGAUAGUGAUUAGAAAAAUGGUUUUUCAUGUACUGAAACUAGCACUUUUGUCAAUUCAAGCAAUAUUUCUUAUUUAUUUUAUGCUUUCCGGUGGUUUAUAGAGGAAUGUCAGUGAAUUAAAAAAGAUAUUUCAGUGUUUCAAACAGUUAAAAUUAACAGCGGAAAUUAUGGAUAAUUUUCACUGUUGAACUGUGAAAUUGCAUCGUUUUGCACGACAUUACAAUGUCAUUAGUUCAGCAAAAUUACAAAAAUAAUCAUUUGUAAGCAUACAAAGAAAAUUUGUUUGAUCUUGUGGAAUAUCUAUUUUAAUGCACUCGUGAUCAUAGGACAAAUAUAUGUUCUAUGAUCACUCGUGAAUUAUAAUCGAUAUUCCACCAAAUCCAACAAAUAUCCUGCAUUUUAUUCAUUAAGAGCAAGAAAAAUAAUUAAAGACUUUUCACUAGAUUCAAGUUGUGCAACCCUUAGAUACUGAUGAGCAACAAACAGCAUAAAACCUGAACAACAUACAAGUUACUUGAGGGCUGGUCUGGUUUUAUGCUGGUUGCAUAUAGCCAUUUUUAUGUUGCUUCUGAAUGGGAAAGGGUUACACAAAUAUUUUUCAUUUAUUGAAAUCAGCAGUUUGGCCAAUUUUCAAGCACAAUUUCUUGUAGUAUUGAUUGAGAGCAAAAUAAUGGUAUCAACCGCCUAUGUAAAUCUAAGAAAUUUGCCUAUAUAGUACAAUUACUUUCAACAUAGUAAUGUAAUAUAUGGCAGACCUUAAUUGACAAAUAAAUUGAGCUCUAUUUAAAAUUUACCUAUCCAGAUUUAUAGGCUUUUGCUGAUUUUGGUAACUGAGAAAUAAUAUAAUGCACAGUGUUGUAAAAAUUGCUGUGGUUUUAGAUAAUAGUUUAAUUUACUAAAUUGAAAAAAAUAUGUUUGUCCUUGGAAUACUAGCACUUUCAAUCUUAAGAUACAGAUUUAUUGAAAUAAAUGUAGAGAGUAAGGUGUUGACAUCCUCUGUUGUACAGCAUAUUGACAUAUUAACAGCCAACAACUUCUGUGAAUGCAUCACCUUCAUUAACAAGAAUUGUUCUAUUGAUCUUUUUGGAGAACGCUUGUGGAAAUCAGAACAUUGCAGUCACAAUGGUUGAGUGAAUGUGCUAAUGUGUCCAUGAAUAUGUGUCAGAGAUUGUUAGAACUGUAAAUCUGACAUUCAUCUUGCAAUUUAAAAAUUACUGCAAAUAUUUGCAAUCUUAAAAUGACAUGUGACAUGUAAGAAUUAAAACCCUCUACCUCAAAGGAACACACAUAUUCCAAUUGCUGGCAAAACCAACUUUUCUCGACUAUAACUUCUCAAAUAAUUGUGCAAUUUCAUAAUCACUUACCACAAAUCACCUGCAUUUAUAGACAGCAUGUUGCAGAUAACCAAAAAUGGUUCCUGUCUCAAAGGUCAAGGUAAAACUUAAGAGGUCUAAAUAUCACAUUUGGCCAUAAAUCAGCUAAUUUGCCAUGUAACUUUGUAAUGUAUCAAUUUCAAAAUAACUUCUCACACAUCACCACCAUUGAGGAUGUGGACUCGGCUUGUCACAUAUAGCACUCAUCGUCUUACCUCUAAGGUCAGGAUCACAUAUAGAGAUCAAAUGUUCAAUUAAGAUUUAAAUAAUUUGGCCCAUACUAUCACUAAAUUCUUCAUGCUUUAAUGAGGGUCAAAUGUUAAAUUGUGUCAUAACACAGCUUGUUUUCACUGUCACUUUAUCAUUCAUCAUGCAGAAAAAUGUUUUUUAACACAAAUGGUCAUCAUUUUGAGACUGUGUGUCAUUUAAAACAAGUGUCUCCCUAUUUCAAACGUCAAGGUGGCAAUUAAAAGUCAAAGGUUGAAUUUGUUUGCACUUUAACUGCAUCAUUCAUCCUGCAUUUUUAAAGUAAUUUGCCACCAAUGUUCACCAUGUGGGAGGCAUGUCACCCAUAUGGCAAAAAACAAGGCCAUGAUGAAGGCUGAAGGUCAAACAUUUACAUGGUGAAGUUUGUUAAAUAAUUGCAAAAAAAAAUAAAAAAUGGAUUACUAUGUGCAUGUAGCUAUUAUAAGAAAUAUAUUUGACAGUCCAGUAAACUUUGGAAGGCAGAUGCAAAAAACAAAAGGAAAAUCAAACUUAAGUUGUUCAUUGUACCUCAAUCAAAAUGUCAGAUACAUAAAUAUGUUUGUACUUGAUUGAAUAUUGUUGCUUAAUGUUGCAUUAAUUGUUAAUUGUAUACAGUACAAGUAUUUUCAAUAAAGAACUUGCUCAUGUAAUGUCAAAAUAUUGCCAAAAGUGUAUGAAAGUUUGUAAUAAGACAUCUUUUUUAAAUAUUUCUUUGGAAAUUUAAGAUUUGGGCUAAGGUUACUGUUUACAAAGAGCAAUGACAGGUAAGUGCUUUGCGUUAUUCUGUAAGUGUUCAUUUAUGUGUACUAAUGUGAGUUAUCAGGGUAAUAUAUAUAUAUAUGACUUAAUUAAUAAUAUGCAGAAGAUUUGAAAGUAAAAUUUCUUUCAUAAUGGCAAUAAUGGUAACAUAAUAUAGAUGAUGCUCACUUUGACCAUAGUUUGUUAUUUCUUUAUCAAGAUCAAACAUAUUUAGGUCAAAGGGUGCUGCAAAUGAAUAAUAUCAUGUUUACCAAUCAAGCUGUGACAUACUAUAGUGCAAGGGUGCAAGUCCCAAUAGACAGCACAUACAAAUGUGUAAUAACUUCUUCACCAAUCACACUUUCUUGUUUUACAACGCAAAUCCCAUUGGACAGUUCCUAAAAGUCAUGUGAUGUCAGACACUCUUGGCUGGAGUGUCAAUCGACAAUCAAGCACUGUUGUAAUGCAUCUUCUUAAGUCUGAUAACUCAGCACAUAAAGUAGUGUGUGUAUGAAUUACAAUUAAAUAUUGAUAUAUGGCAUGCAAUUUGAUGCAUGGUUUAAUUUUUUAUUUAUUUAGGCUACGCCUACUAUUUACUGAUCUGGAAUCAUAGAUAUUGAAUUCCUACAAACAAAUUGAAUCUGUAAAUAAGAAAUGAUCUGACAAAUGUUCACUAAGUGUCACACGAAACAAAAAUCUCAGAACUGGUACUCAAACUGUGUAUUGAUGUUUGUUUGUGUGUUUAGCUCAUGUCCUAAGCUUUUGCUCAUUGUUUUCUCCAUAGUUAGUGUAAAUAGUAUAUCAUAAUUUCAUUGUUUACUAUCGUUUUGUAACUGUUGCAAUACAAAGACACCCCUUUAUUGUAUGAAAAUUAAUGUAGUAUGUUUGUUUGUUAUCUAGCCUGCCACAGAUUUAAAUUUGAACAUAUCGUCAUUAAAUAUUUGUUAUGCUAGUUUUCAUUUUGUUCACAGAAAAAAUUGUAUUCACAUAAAAUACUUCUUCAUAGAUGCAAAGAAAACCUGGUUAAAAAGAAAUCUAAAUAGCGAAUGACCCUUAAGUUGGCCUAGUAGAUCUGAACUUACGAUGUCUAAAUUGAUCUGAAGUUUUCUUCAUGUAUAGAUCUAUAUUAAACUAGACAAUUCUACCUAAUAGAUGUAAUGUAAGUGUGUCUUUAUACAGAGCUGUUACAAAAUAUAGGACAUAAAUCAUGUUAAUAAUAACACAUGAGAAAGUAAUUAUGCCUCAAUCUGUCCAGUUCAUAUGUCAUUUUAUCAUACUCAAUUAAUCAGACUUAACGUGAUUAUUACAGAACUGAGGACUGGUGUCUAUAGGUAAAAGUAAUGCAAAAUCAAAUUCAUGCUUGACGAUUGUCAAGGUAUUGGCAUGGACCUGGUACUUUGCGAUAUCUGUUGUAACAUAUUUUAUGAUUCAGAUAUGAUGUCUGGAACCCAUGUUAUUAAGAAUGGCAACAUCGUAUCCUUGAUUACAAAAAAACUAUCAAGUAAUGAUUUUGUGUUCAGUUUUGAACAAUAAUCACAAUUUAAAUGGAUUUAUUCAACAAUAGGCAAAUGUACAAAAUUGGCAUAGAUUCAUAAAAGUAUGGAUGCAUGAUAAUAAACAAGCAAAAAAACGCUUGUGACUAAGAAAAAAAGUGACAAAUAUAUCUCUGUGGAUUGAAUAUCAAAAUUCUAAAUCAGAAAGACGAAAAAGGGUUUGUAAUGUUUUCAUUAAUGAUUUGUCAGAUAUUGUGUACUAUCUACAUAGCAUUUAAAAUACCGUCCUUAUCCCAAAUCUAUGUGGUUGAAUUUUAGCGCCUAAAUUAGCUUCUGCAAUUAGAGGUCCCAGGUUUGAACCCCAGGACGCGCUCAUAAUUAUAUUAUAUAUUUUUCUUGAUUAUAACUUUUUUAAACUGUCUCUUUUUCAAACCUCACAGUUAUUUUGUGUUAAUAAUUGUUGCAAAAACAUAACAAACAUGGAAAAUGUCAAUUUUAUUAUAUUAAAAAAAACAACACAAAUCUGUGGACAAGUAAUUACAAAAUGCAUAAGCUGUUGUUUUUAAUACUCUAGAUAUACACAAUUUUUAAUUUUAUUGUAUUAACUUCAGCAUAAUCACUUAUCUUUAAAUGAUACUGGAUUAUGUUGAAUAAUGUACUCAGACAUAUUUUAAUUGCACAAAUUGCACAUUUCUAGUCAUGUAUAGAUAUUUAUAUGUGUCAUGUAUGUCUUUAUUUUUACAUGUAUUUUUAUGCCCCCCUUCGAAGAAGAGGGGGUAUGUUGUUUUGCACAUGUCGGUCCGUCUGUCCCUCGGUCUGUCGGUCCAUCCACGAGAUGGUUUCCGGAUGAUAACUCAAGAACGCUUAAGCCUAGGAUCAUGACUGGCAGAUGACCCCUAUUGAUUUUCAGGUCACUUGGUCAAAGGUCAAGGUCACAAUGACUUGAAACAGUUAAAUGGUUUCUGGAUGAUAACUCAAGAAUGCUUACGCCUAGGAUCAGGAAACUUCAUAGGAACAUUGAUAAUGACUGGCAGAUAACCCCUAUUGAUUUUCAGGUCACUUGGUCAAAGGUCAAGGUCACAGUGACUCGAAACAGUAAAAUGUUUUCCAGAUGAUAACUCAAGAAUGAUUUGGCCUAGGAUCAUGAAACUUCAUAGGUACAUUGAGAAUUACUGGCAGAUGACCCCUAUUGAUUUUCAGGUCACAAGGUCAAGGUCAAAGUGACUCAAAAUAGUUAAAUGGUUUCCGGAUGAUAACUCAAGAAUGCUUACGCCUAGGAUCAUGAAACUUCAUAGGUACAUUGAUCAUGACUGGCAGAUAACCCCUAAUAAUUUUCAGAUCACUAGGUCAAAGGUCAAGGUGACAGUGACUCGAAACAGUAAAAUGGUUUCCUGAUGAUAACUCGAGAGCGCUUAUGCCAAGGAUCAUGAAACUUCAUAGGUACAUUGAUCAUGACUGGCAGAUGACCCCUAUUGAUUUUCAGGUCACUAGGUCAAAGGUCAAGGUCACAGUGACAAAAACGUAUUCACACAAUGGCUACCACUACAACUGACAGCCCAUAUGGGGGGCAUGCAUGUUUUACAAACAGCCCUUGUUUAUUAGUUUUAUUUACAUUCUAAAUAAUGUAUCACUUUUGAACUAUUUCUGGUAUUUUUGUAAUCAUCUUUAUGAUAAAUGUGAUCAUUAAAUAUAAUUUUGACAGUAAUCUUAUUAAAAUUGAAAUAUAGUCCAUAUCAAAAGCAUGAACCACAGUAUUUCUUACAAGUAGAAAAGCCUCUUGUCAAAUCAAUAUUGCUCCGGUGAAAGAUUUACAGUGAUUUUUAACAGGUCAUUGUUGCAAAAAACACAACAAACAUGGAAAAUGUAACAACCUAAAAGUAUAUGUUUACAUUUUUUUUCUAUAUAUUGUUUAAUUGAAAAAACAACACUGUUUGUCUUGUUUAAUAUUAUGUUUAUUUCAACACUGACAGAACAAACUUUGAAGUUUUGUUUAUCAGUUUAGAUAUUAACCCACUUAGAUUCUCUGAUUGUCCUCAAUAACAUGGCAUUACUAGACAUUAUGCUUUCUAUGUAAAGUACUUGAUGUAACGCCUCAUGAUUUUGUGAUAAACCAAAGUAAAAACUCUUUGUGACAUUGUUUAUAUAUUAGAUACAUGCAUGUCAUGCCAUAAUGUAUGAUGUUUUCCAUUGAAAAACCUGGCUUUAUGGGUAUUGUGUUGUCCUUUAUAAGCCUACAAAGUCUGCGCAGGCAUUAUUUCUGUCUACGGUGGGUUAAGCGAUUUGAUUGAAACAGAAAGUUAUACAGUUCCUGACGGCACAGGCUUAUUCAGGAUAAGACUUGACAAAAAUAACAUUUAGCCAAGUUUUCCCACAAAAUUCUUCUAUAAAAUUAUUAUUGUGUGACAGCAAGAAAAAAGAUAUGAUGUUUAAACUUCAACAUAUAAAAAUAAUGCACACAAAAACAUUUACUUUAUUUGCUUGAGGUGUGAACAAAUAAAAAGAUUUCAAAGAGUUUAUACAUUAUAUUCACUUUAAGUAAGACAUUAUCUGAUGAAACAAAAUUUACUGGUAGAUUGAUAUUGAAUUUGUACUUUUGAAGUUGCUACAGAUAUUUAUAAUUAUGUUACAGAUAUAUAUAUUAUAAUGUUAUUUGUACUCAGUUGUUUUAUAUUAUUUUUUAUUUAUAAUAUGUAUAAGUGCAAUACAUAGUUGUAAGUAGAAUCUUAUUGUAGACAGUAUGAUGUUAUUUCCUUGUAAUAGAACUUAAUACCAAAUAUGCCAUAUUUAAUUGAGCCACACUCUUCGAAAAGGGGGUUUAAUGCAUGUGCGUAAGGUGUCUUCCCAGAUUAGCCUGUGCAUUCUGCACAGGCUACUCAGGGACGACACUUUCUGUAUAAAAUUGAGUUUUGCUAAGAAGGGACUUCCUUCAAACGAAAAAUAUCAUAAAAGCGGAAAGUAUCGUCCCUUAAUAGCCUGUGCAGGCGGCACAGAACUGGGACGAUACUUUUCGCUCAUGCAUUAAACCCCUUUUCACAGAGGAUGGCCCAAAUCUAUUAUUAGGCUGAUAUAUCCCGUCAAUGUUAUUCCUACUUAAUUACUAUAUCAAACUAUGUAAACAGUAUACAAAGUGUAACAUAUAAUUCAGACUAUCAUGUUUUAAUGAAUUUUUAUAUAAUUUAUGUAUACUGAAAUUAUGUUAUACAAGAAGCAGCUUUUUUCAUUCUUAUCAGAACAAAACAACAACAAUAAAAUAACAAACAAUAUUUGAUUUUGAUAAACAGCCAAACAUGUAAAGAAUUAUAUUAUUAGUAAGAAAGUUUAUGUUUUAUUAGAUCUACACCUGUAUAUUUUUUUCUUUAGGCCAGUUCACUUUUAGUCUAUAUAGAGCUUUACAAAUUUGUUUACAGCCAAAGUAUAAAUGUUCAUCGGAGAAGAACCUCACCUGAUUUUCUUUAAACUGUGAUAGGACAAUUUACAAACGUUUGUGACUCUGUUUUUGUAUGCAUCUAAAGCAACUUUUUGUAGCUCGCAGGGUCUUGAUUUUUUUAUAAGAUAUAUUAUUUUCUUGUAUUUGUUUGAGUGUAAGGAACACUAUUGACACGUAGUCAUGUUUUACAAUGUCUUAAACUGUCAUUUUGGUGUAAGAUAAAAUUGAAGGUAUAAAUAAAUAAAUCGGCAAUACAAAGUCUACCUUUAUAAGGAGAACAAAUAUUGAUAUGAGUUCAUAUAGUUAAGAUAAAUAUAAGAAAAACGCUGUUUCUUUUUACUUAGAUCACAUACUGUGUCAGAUGUUGUUCUUUAAAUUAUGUAGACGUAUGUCGUUUAAAGCAGUAGAGGACUGUUUACUUUUCCUGGUCUGUGUGUAUUUAAUAAAAUGUCUAGGUCGAUAUGUGUGUAUACAGUUUAUUUGGUAUUGUUUUUAUUAGGCAAGUUUUAUAAAAAUGUUAUUAGAAA